UGUGUGUAAUACGUUAAACACCAAAUAUGGGAAUCUCUCUUCACCUUUAUUAUUCUUCACUCUCCUCUUAAACCCCACCAUUAAUCUCUCAUAAAUCUUUAUUUCAUCUAAUUAAUCUCUGAUAUUAAGAAGUUUUGGGAUAGCUCAAAGUUGAUUAUCAGGGUGUUCAUCACAAGUUAGAAUCUCUGAUCACUCCCCGUGCAUUCGGAGGAAAUUGAGUUCAGGUUGCCGAAUUAUUCUUCUUGCUGAACAAUUUGGAGUUCUUUUUCAGGCUUACCUUGAGAAAUGGACAAAAAACUUACUGUCGAAGACAAUGAUGACAUUGACUGGGAUACUGAAGAUGAACUAGAAAUACAAGAAAUACAGGACACAGUAUUUUCCUCAAGCACGGAUUUAAGAACAACUGGGAAGCAUGUUGUUUGUUGCGAUGGGGAGGCAAGCUCAUCAUCAGUACCCUUCAGGUCCAAGUUCAUUCAGCAGUUUGUAGUGAUGGGAUUUCCCGAAGAAUCUAUUACAAAAGCAAUAGAGCAAAACGGAGAAAAUUCAGAUUUGGUGCUGGAUGCUCUUUUGACAUUCAAGGCCCUUGAUGACUCUCCUGAAGAACAGCCCAGUACUAGCCCUCAGCUGGAGCCCUCCAUUAGUUCUGAUGAUAGCACUUCUGAAUACAACGAGAAUGUUUUGGAUGAUGUUUAUGAGGAAGAUAGUUGGUCCUCUGACUCAGACAACUGUAUAAAUUCUGUUAAACGGUGCUACAUGAAUGACGAGGGCAAUUCUUUGUCCGGAAAAGAGAAGACGUUAUUGUUCCUGGAAAAUAUGGGAUACCCAGAGGAAGAGGCUUCCAUAGCAAUGAAGAGAUGUGGUCCAGAAGCAUCACUCCCUGAAUUGGUAGAUUUCAUUUGUGCUGCUCAAAUGGCAAGAGCAGAAGAUCCCUAUCUGCCAGAAGAUGUGAAGCCAAAACUGAAGCAUAUAUUGAAUGAUUUUGGUGGAUACAAGAAGAGGAAGAUGUACAAUGAAUUGUGCAAAAGGAAAAAACAAAGGGAGAUUAUUGGUGAAGAGACAAUCCGAUUGCCCAUACCUAUGAUUGGAUUCGGAGUUCCCACCGAAUCAGUUCCAACAAUGGUCCAAAGAAUUCUUCCCGAGAAAACCAUUGGCCCGCCUUUUUUCUACUACGAAAAUGUCGCACUAGCUCCAAAGGGUACAUGGGACACCAUUAAGAGCCAUUUGUAUGAGAUUGAGCCUGAGUUUGUUGACUCAAAGUAUUUUUCCGCUACUCAACGAAAAAGAGGAUAUCUUCAUAAUUUGCCGAUUGAAAAUAGAUUUCCUUUGUUUCCACUUCCCCCUCGGACCAUUCAUGAGGCACUUCCCCUAUCAAAGAGAUGGUGGCCAUCUUGGGAUACAAGGAAAAAGUUAAAUUGUUUGCAAACCGCCAUUGGGAGUGCAAGAUUGACGGAUAAGAUCAGGAAAGCUGUGGAGAAGUAUGAUAAUGAGCCACCUAUGGAGGUACAAAAGUAUGUUCUUGGUCAAUGCAAGAAGUGGAAUUUGGUGUGGGUUGGAAGAAACAAAGUUGCCCCUUUGGAGCCUGAUGAAGUUGAAAUGCUAUUGGGGUUUCCAAAGAACCACACUAGGGGAGGUGGUAUAAGCAGAACUGAUAGAUACAAGUCGCUUGGCAACUCAUUCCAGGUUGACACAGUGGCUUAUCACUUAUCGGUGUUGAAAGACUUGUUUCCGGAUGGUAUGAACGUCUUAUCACUCUUCUCCGGAAUUGGCGGUGCUGAAGUUGCUCUUUACCGUCUGGGGAUUCGACUCAACAAUGUGGUUUCGGUUGAAAAGUCCGAAGUCAAUAGGAACAUUGUGAGAAGUUGGUGGGAGCAAACUAGUCAGAGGGGGAAUCUCAUACAUUUUGACGAUGUGCAGCUGCUGAGCAGAGCCCGGUUGGAGAAAUUCAUAGGAUCAUUUGGAGGGUUUGAUCUAAUAAUUGGUGGAAGCCCGUGCAACAACCUUGCAGGCAGUAACAGGGUGAGCAGGGAUGGCCUUGAAGGCAGAGAGUCUGCCCUAUUUUUUGAUUAUGUUCGGAUAUUGGAUGACGUCAAAUCCCUUAUGUCUAAACAUAGACGAUAGUGUCUCAGAUUUGAAUAUCCUAUUCCUUUUUCUUAACCUUGCCAAGUCUGAAUUUAUUCUUUGUAGAGUAAAAUCAAACUAAAUACUAAUUGCAAUUCUGAAUUAAGAUGGGGUAUAUUUACUAUAUGAAACUAAUGAAAUUGUCGUGGUUGAUGAACUAAUGUAAUUGUUUCUAGUUUA